UCAGUCAGACGCAUGCAUCUCCCAUUUCUAUCUAAGCCGUUCUUCAGAGAUUAGUGCACUCACUGCGCUGAGAGCAGCGGUCACAAAUCAAGUCCGUCUCGGCAAGUCCAUUUUGUAUCUACGAUAUUAUUACAAUCCAAGCCUUAGCUCUCUGCUGAAGAGACAGAAGAUGGACUCAGCCAUUAACAGCCACCUUGUGCAGAACCUGUCCAUUCUUCUGAGUGCUGGUUAUUCCAACGAGACCUGUCGCUUUGAUGAGGAGUUUAAGUACAUCCUACUGCCUGUUUCCUAUAGCCUGGUGUGUGUUCUGGGUCUGGUGCUGAACUCUGUGGCUCUGUGGAUGUUCCUGACCAAGAUGCGACCGUGGAACACCAGCACCGUCUACAUGUUCCACCUGGCCCUCUCAGACUUCCUGUACGUUCUCUCCCUGCCCACCCUCAUCUACUACUACGCUAACCGCAGCCACUGGCCCUUCGGCGUGGCCGCCUGCAAGAUCGUCCGCUUCUUGUUCUACGCCAACCUCUACAGCAGCAUCCUCUUCCUCACCUGCAUCAGCGUCCAUCGCUACCUGGGCAUCUGCCACCCCAUCAAGGCCCUGACCAUGGUGAAGCCACGCCAUGCCCACGCCGUGUGUGGAAUGGUGUGGGCUGCUGUCACGGCGUGUCUGGUGCCCAACCUCAUCUUUGUCACCACCAGCCAGAGGGACAACGACACGAUGUGUCACGAUACGACCAAUCCCGAGCAGUUUGAGGAGUAUGUGGACUACAGCUCUGCGGUCAUGGUCCUGCUGUUCGGCGUCCCCUUCAUGGUCAUCAUGGUCUGCUACUGUCUGAUGGCACUGGCUCUGUGUCGGCCCAGACGGGGGCUCUCGUCCAGCCAGCAGAACUCACCCUCCCGCACCAAGUCCAUCAAGCUAAUUGUGGUGGUGCUGGUGGUGUUCGCCGUGUGUUUUGUACCCUUCCAUAUCACACGCACCCUCUACUAUACCUACCGUGUACUGAAUGCCAAAUGUGAAUUCCUGAACAAAGUCAACUUUGCCUAUAAGAUCACCAGGCCUCUGGCCAGUGUGAACAGUUGUAUUGAUCCCCUCCUGUAUUUCCUGGCUGGGGAUCACUACCGCUCUAAGCUGGUCAAAGCUCUCACUGGAAAUAAACCGACAACCACCAGGCUCUCUGCUGCCUGCCUGAAAAAGCGCCCCAAAAAGAACCAUGAGAUCGCGUUGGUCUAUAAGAACCCAGAGCCUAAAGCCAGUGUUGAACCUAUGAGAUAGCGGGUUAUACAUAUGGACAACUAUGGGGCAUCAUAUAGAUAUGCCUAACCUCCAUAAAAUUACAGGAAGGAAACAGUAAUUUAGCCCUAGGCUGGCCACUACACAGCUAUACUUUCUUUGGAUGCUGUUCUGUCAUUUCAGACACAGGAUGACUACUGUCCAGGGUGAACGAAGGGGCCUCUUGCCAGAGCUCAGACCUGAGUGAGAAAUUCAGUUCCUAUAAGGCUGUUCGGUCAAUGUCAUGUUAAAGAGAAUCAAGAAGUGGGAGUACGGUUGAGUUCAGAAAACUGGUGGAAAAGUACCCAAUUACCAUACUUGAGUGAAGUAAAAAUGAAAGUCACCCAGUAAAAUACUACUUGAGUAAGUACGUCUAAAAGCAUUUGGUUUUAAAAAUACUUAAGUAUCAAAAGUAAAUGUAAUUGCAAAAUAUACUUAAGUAUCAAAAGUAAAAGUAAAACUAUACAUUAUUUCCAAUUCCUCAUAUUAAGCAAACCAGACGACAUAUUUUUCUUGGUUUUUUAUUUAUGUGUGUUUAGUGAGUCCGUCAGAUCAGAGGCAGUAGGGAUGACCUGGGAUGUUCUCUUGAUAAGAGUGUGAAUUGGACCAUUUCCCUGUCCUGCCAAGCAUUCAAAAUGUAAUGAGUACUUUUG